UUUGGAUUUGAAGAAUUGAACAGCCGAGGCUGCAUGCUUAUAUAUAAAGGCCACCAGUGAUGGUAAAGAAUUGAAACAACAAAAAAAGACAAUGGCAGAAGAAGUAAAGGAAGUUCAUCACUUGGUGAUGGCAAAGUUCAAAGAAGACAUUACACCUGAGAAAAUUGAAGAACUCAUCGAGGGAUAUGCUAAUCUCGUUAAUCUCGUCCCACCUAUGAAGGCUUUUCAUUGGGGUACAGACGUGAGCAUUGAGAACUUGAAUGAAGGUUUUACUCAUAUAUUUCAUGCCACCAUUGAGAGCAGAGAAGGUCUGGCAGAGUAUGUGAAUCAUCCUGCUCAUAUUGAGUUUGGCAACUUAAUGACUCCUGCUAUGGAAAAAGUCAUUGUGGUUGACUUUAGCCCCUCUCUUGUUCAACUUCAGAGAGAAUAAAAAAUUUGUAUCAGCUUCUUGGUGUGGUCUUCAGAUUAAAAUGUUGAAUUUUGUGUGCUUUGUUGUAAGCAACUUCUCAUUAUAAUGCAUGUAUUCUAUAAAUCUUCAAUAAAUAUGAAUGUAAGCUUUUAUUUAGCAUCCUUAAA